UUCUUGGCCUGGCUGGUAACAACGAUCUAUUAGCACAUCAUUAUCUAACCAGGAAAAAUAAAUAAGACUACAAAUAUUAUGUGAAACACAUGCAAAUGUUCACUGCAAGAAAACAUGUUAAUGCCGACAAAUUAAAUUUGAUAGUCACUGUGUAUAUAUUGUAUAUCUUUGUAUAAUAAAAUAUUAAAAGGACAAUGUCAAAUUUUAAACCUGCAAGGAACCUUUCAAAAAGACUAAACAGAGAUGUAAAUGUCGGUCAUGUUUACAACAAUUCGCAAACUACCAUGGAAAUGGUUAAUUCAAGGGUAAGAGAACCUGAACGUUUCCAGUGCAGAGGAAAAGAUCUACAAAAUGUAAGUAAUUCAAAUCAGCUUCAAAAAUGCUUCUCUUGGAGGAACCGCCAAAGUACAAGCACUGGACAAUAUGACUACAACAGACAAAUAUGCACAAAAGGGAUAUCAACGAAACGCACAACUGUUCAACAGCCUGAUAAAAUACAUGCCUCACCCACAUUUAAUGCUAGCAGACUAGUGAAUCACCGAUCUUCAUUACCUGGAUUAACCGCGCUGCCAAAAGCUGUACAGGAUACACCUUCUCCUAGAAAUGUUCAUCCCGGUGCUUCGCGAAGAUUCUCAAAACCUUGUGUAUACAGUUGUUCUUUGUGGAAUACCAGAAAGAGUGAUAACACAUUGGUUUCUUCCGGGAAAAGUUCAGGAAAUAAUGACAGCAAACAGUCAAAUAUUCAGUUUACGGAAACUGGAGCAAAAUACGCUCAGCCACAGAAACAUACUGCGCAAAACAGGUAUUAUCCGGGACAAGUUAGUGUCAAUGAUCAACAAAAAAGAGCUGAUGUCUCCAAACAGCCGCAUGAACUGGCUUCAUUUUGUUCCCCAAAAACUUAUUUUAGAAAUGCUGACAGCAAACAGUUUCAGUUUCAGCCUGCAGUAAUAAAACCAAGUACUUAUCAAACCAAGCUGAAGGAUCUACAGCGCCCAUAUUCUCCACAAAAUGACACCGUCAAUGAACAACGAAGACUCCUCAGUGCUUCAGAAAAGUCGUUUUGUUCUGACAAACAAGCUGAUUACAAAUGUGCUUCUCCAGAAAGUACUGCGAAACAUUAUUACAGCAAACAAUUACAAAUUCACCCUGCUGUCAAUGGAAGAGACACGUUUCUGACACAACCGAAAGCUACAAAAGACAAAUAUUCUGAAGAAAACGUAAAUUGCACCUAUAAUGGAAUAUUAUCCAAGGUUUCUAAACAACUGAAUGAAUUCAAUUCGUCUGUGAACCAAAAUGCCACUAUCGAUGAUCAACGAGGAGUGUCCAUUGUCAAAGAGCGAUCAUUUAGAAGUUCUUCUUUUUGUUCUGUUAAAGAGGGUGAUAGUACGCGAGUCCCUCUCGAAAUUAAUUCAAGACAUAAUGACAGUGAACAGCUGCAGCCUCAAUCGUGUCGAGUUAUUGAAACGAACACUUUUCUGGAACAACCAAAUAUCACACAAGACAAAUAUCUUAAAAUUCACACUAAUAAAAGAACGAUAUCCAGUUUUCUUAAACAGCCGACUGAAACCAGUUCAUCUUUGUGCCAAAAUGUCACUGUCAAUGAUCAACGAAGAUUAGCAUGUGUGCCUGAAGUCUCAUUUGAACGAAGUUCUUCAUUUUGCUCUGUUAGACAAGCUGGUAACGUGCAAGUUUCCGUUGAAAACGAUUCAAGAAACGAGGAAAACAAACAUCUACAGAUUCAGUCGCGGGUUACUGAAACAAACACUUUUCUGACACAACCAACAGAUACACAGGACACAUUUCCUCUCCAAAAUGUUACUGUUGAUAAUCAGCGAAAGCUAUUGAUUGUCCCAGAAAAGUCAUUUGAAAGUUCUUCGACAUUUUGUUCUGUUAGACAGGCUAGAAAUACUUCGAGAAAUGAUGACAUCAACAUGCUACAGCUUCAUCCUUCCGACUCAAAUUGCACGCAUUCUAAGGAACGCGUUGCAUGCCAUGCUGAAAUGUUUUCUCCAGAACAAAAUAUUACAGAUAUAAAAUUCAUCUGCGGCAGCUGUCUUCAACCGCAAGAGGUAUCGAAAAUAACAUAUAUCUGUAGUAGCUGCGGACCAUUCGAACCACAAUUAUUCCUGGAAUCCAGUGGGGAUCACAAAAUCCAUUCUUUUUUCGGAGAGUGUUUAAAAGAACGAAAUUACGCAAGCAGUGUAAAGCAAGACAGCGAGGCGCAAAAGAAGGAGUUGCAUGAUAAUUUACCAUAUCUAAACUUUAUCGAGGACGUAUGUAUUAAAACAGAAGACGAUUCCCAACCAUGCCAAAUCACAGGGUUCUGCCAACUUCAAAAUGGUAAAAUAGUUUUGACAGAAAUGAACAACAAAACGAUCAAAUCUUUAGACUAUCAGAAUUACCAAGUGAUCAAUGUUAUGUCGCUAUCAAACUAUCCUAUGGACAUAUGUUCUAUGGAGGAAUGCAAAGCCUUGGUUAUUCUGCAUGAAUCUCCCAUCCAGUGCCGAUGCAUAUGCAUAAAUGUAGACGAUCAAAUCGAACUGAAGGAACAAAAGAUACUCAAACACGCCUCCAUAUGCGUCGCCUAUUGUAAUGAGAAAAUUUUCAUAGGCAAUUCUAGAUGCAAAGGCGUUUAUAUAUAUGACAAAAGCUGGGCUCAUUUAGACACGAUCUCAAAUGAUUUAUUUAGGCAUGAGGAAAUAUUUUCCAAUCAAUUCAAAAUUGCGGUAUUCGAACAUAACAAUGAAACGAGAAUCUAUAUCUCGGAUGAAGACAAUGGAAUGCAUUCUGUAAGAGGCUCAACCGAGGAGAUAACAAAGAAAUGGACAUUCAAAGAUCAUGCUAACUUUAAAGCUACUGGCAUGUGUAAUGACAGUAAAGGCGAUCUUUUACUAAUUGAUAAAGACUCCCAACGCCUUAUUAAACUGAACGCAGAGGGAAUGAUUCUCUCCGUUCUUUUAGACAAUUGGAAUGGAACUGAAUCACUCAACAUCCCAUUUCAGAACAUGAAGAACAAUAAUCUGAUUAUAGCUCUUUAUGGAAAAGACAUUAUCAGAGUGUUUCACUUAAAGUGAUUUACUAUUCGAUAACACAGUGUUUCUCACUUACUAGAUGGAAAUACAGUAAGUCUUAAUCUGUAUCUGUUGAAGCACUGCCUAUUUACAAAGCACGUACCAACAUCUAAAUAGACUUUUAUUAUAUUAUUUUUCAUUGAAAUACUACAAUAAAGCAAUAGAAUUAAACUGAUAUUUUCACUUCUUUAAGGCUAUAAAAAUAUAUCUGUUUUAUUUUCCACGGGUGUGAAACUGCACCUGUGUACGAAGGAAUAUGAAUUGUAUAUAACUGGAAUCUCGUUCAAACAUGUACUUCACUGACGAUAUAGAUCUCUGUAUGUAUACAAAUACACAAAGAUAAGAAUACACGUUCCACCGUAUUAAAAUGUAAAAGAAAGUUAGUAAUACAUAGAACUACCUAAGUUGUUUCGACAUAGACAUUGUGAUGGCAUGGCAUUGUGGCGACAUAUGAUGUGCUUCAAGUUGCCCGGGUAAAAUGUUUAUAAUUUGGUUAAAGUCAUUAAAAUCAAACCCAUUAAAUAUAGAGAAAAUAUGUUUGUUUUACACGUAGGAUUGAAAUAUAUUUCAAUCAUGAACACCAUAUCUUUUAUUUUCACUCGGGGCUGUGCCAGACUUGGAAAUAUUGAAUUUGGUAUUCACUCGGAGAAAGAUAUUUCAGUAUGUAACACAAAACAAACAAAAAAUAUGUGCUAUAUAUCUUUUAAACAUAGAUGAAAUAAUUCAUUGUUAUUUUCAGGUUUCAUGGUUUUGAAGUUUAAUCAUUUCUUCAAUUAGCACAAUGUAUGAAAGAUUGGUAGUUUUUGAAAUCGUAAGUCGCAAAGGUUGACGACUAUAUUUCAUACGCACUAAAUAUAUGUUUAAAUGGCAACAAAAAAUAGAACUUUUGAUAUAGUGAUAUAAUGCACCUUUGUAAAGCUUUAAUUUUGUUGUUUACAGGCUCCGUAUAACAUUUACAUUUAUAUUUCUCCGGUAAUCAAGGUUGUUAUCAGAAUUAACUAGCAUUCGAAACUGUAGAACGAAACGUACCUCAAACGUAUCUUUGUCACGCAUGACUCAUUGUGGACGAUUCUAUCUUUAAAUCGCACUUGCAACUUAUGACAUCGGUUCUCUCUUUCAUUGGCAUAUUUCUGCUUGGGGCGUUUCAGUUGAAAAUUGUUCUGUAUGUA